AUGGAGAGAACUUUAGCUCCACCUCAAGGUUCCAAUGUUGGUUCAAAUUUCAAUAAUAUCAAUAAUAAUCCUCCACAAGUACCACCUGAUGAUGAUACGCGGAAUAUAAUCGAUCGUUUGGCUGAAUUUGUUGCAAAAAAUGGUUCGGAAUUUGAAGAAAGAACUCGCAAAAAACAAUACGGCAAUCCAAGAUUUGCUUUUCUAUUCGGUGGCGAAUUUAGUGAUUAUUAUCGCUUUCGAGUGAUGCAGGAAGUACAACAAUUAAAUCAAGGCACUGUGCCUCCUUCGCAAGCGAUCCAGCCUUCUGCAUCAUCUGUGCACCAAUUUGAUGCAUCUGCAGUUUUAGCUCAGAUUAAUACUUUAAACCAGCAGAUUGCCGACAGUGAAGCAAAUCUUCGUGCUCAAUUUGAGUCAAUCGAAGUUAGACGUGAAGCGCAGUUGGCUGCAGCAAUUGAGGAAUCUGAGACGAAGAAAAUUCUAUCAGUAUGUGAGCAGGUUUCGCUCAACGUUGAACCACUUUCAAAAUUAUUGGAUCAAUUAAGUGGUCAUUGUUCAAAAGAUGUCAUUUCGAAUAGUAAAAAGUGGAUAUUUGAGCACUGUACAACAGAUCGACUUCGAGAAGCUAUUUUGAUGUACUUACUUUAUCGUGUUAAGGAAACUCGGGCGACUGAACAAUUCAAGCUUCAUAUCUUAUAUCUUAUCAAUGACUGGGCGCAUCAUUGUCAAAGAAAAAAAUUAGAUGCGAUUCGGCAAAUGCUUUCACGCUAUGUUCCGCAGUUGUAUGCAUUUACAGCACAAGGAGUAAAAGAUGCUGCACUUAAUGAAAAACUUGAAAAAUUGAUCGGAGUUUGGGAAGGGCAUAAAUAUUUUGACGAUGGUUGCUACAAGCAACUUCGAAAUCCUCUUUUAUUAUACCAAAAUUGGAAAAAUGCUCAACAAGCAGAAUAUUCAAAAAAAUCGGCGGAAAUUCAUGCACAAUUGUUGGCUGCGUAUCGCGGGUAUGAACAGCAACAUCUUGAAUUCUCUAUGCAUUGUCGUAAUCAAAUUGCUUUACUUCAGCAGCAAAUAGACGAACAAAUGAAUAAACAAGUUGGUGCAUCUUCUUGCUCGGAAGUUAUACUUAAACCACCUAUGAAUCGUCGUGAAAGGCGUUCACGUUUUGAUCAAAAAGUGGCAGGGCCGCCACCAGAACUCCCACCAGAAAGUGAUUAUGGACGCUUUUUUGCUGCUCCACCUUCUGGUUCUUCAAAAUGUCCUUCACCUAGAGAUAUCUACCACGCUCGGCCAGAUGAAUGUGAUGAACCGCCUUUUGCCCUAUAUAAUGAAAGAGAAUUUCCAAAUGAGAACAGAAAUGAACCAGGUCCUAAAGAUGCAAUGUUUAAUCUUAGGCCGCCAUUCCCAGGCGGACCGACUAUGAUGCGUCCUCCUUGUGGUCCACCACCUAUAUUUGAUGAAUCAGCGCUUAUUCCUAGUUGUCCAUAUUAUAAUUUGCCAGCUGGUAUGAUGAUGCCAUUGAUCGAAAUGGGUGAUGUUCUGUAUAAACCUGUCAUAGUUUCGAAAUUGCGACUACCUCCACCUAUUCCACCGUCAGAACGUUUGUUGCGUGCUAUUGAAGCAUUUUAUGCUCCACCAUCUUUUGAAAAUCCUCGUGAUGCUGAUGGUUGGGAACGUCUCGGUUUAUUUGAAUAUUACAUGAAAAAAAACGAUAUAAAGAAAAGAUUAGAAGAAAGUCUAAAACUUGAAGGGAAAACUAUUGAAGAUGCUAUAGAAAAUAUUUACAUUGAAGAUAAUGAUGAAGAAAAAAAUGACGAAAAGAUAAGGCGCUCGACUUCCAGGCGUAGUUCGACUUCAUCACGAAGUAAAUCAAGUAGUAGUAGUUCAUCAAGCCGAUCACGUAGAAGAAGGCGUCGUAAGAGGAGUCAUUCUAUCAGCAAUUCUGGCUCCAGCUCCAGUUCAUCAUCACGGGGCCGUCGUCGAUCUCGUCGUUCUAAAUCACCAUCGCCUCGACGUCGACGUCGUUCAAGCUCUCGCAGUGCUUCUCCAGAAUCUCGUCCUGCUUUUGGUGGUUCAUCAAGAAGAGAUAGUCGUAGUCCUACUCCCAAAUUUUUACUUCCCAGUGGACCACCUCCAAGGUUGAAUGCUGCUAACAAGGGCGCCCAAUUACUUGCAAAAAUGGGUUGGCAAGGUGGAGGACUUGGAUCUGAACAUCAGGGUAUCAAAGAACCUAUCAGUGGAGGCGAAGUACGUGAUCAUGUUGAUCAGUACAGAGGAGUUGGAUCGAAACCAGAUAUGUACGAAGAAUAUAGAAAACAAAUGAGCGGAUACCAUAGAAAUAGAAAUCGACGAUUUGAUUAA